AUGGCCCAGCAACUAAGCAGCUCGCAAGAUGCGCUCCAGCUGCUCCCCCUCCCGGCUCCGGCAUCGCGGCCCCCUCUGGCCAGGCUCGCCUCGAGUCCCGGCCCGAGUCCGCAGGCCAAGACGGGCAUCGUCGUCUUCUCGGGCGGCAGCGCCACCAACAGCCUCGUCGACGUCUUUGAAGGGGUGCGGGCGGCGGCCAACGCGGCGACGCUGAGUUACGUGAUUCCCAUCUCGGACAAUGGCGGCAGCACGAGCGAGAUAAUCCGCGUGUUUGGGGGUCCGGGCAUUGGAGAUGUCCGCUCGCGACUGGUCCGGCUCAUCCCCAACGACGGCAAGCCCGAAACCACCGCCAUCAAGCAUCUCUUCAACCAUCGCCUGCCCAUCGUCUACGCAACCGCCCGCGCCGAGUGGUUCGAGAUCGUCGAGGGCACGCACCCGCUGUGGGAAGACAUCUCGUCGCCCAAGCGAGAGCUCAUCCGCUCAUUCUUCAACAGCUUCAACCUGGAAGUCGUCAAGCGCAUGCGGCCCAGCAGCCGCUUCGACUUUUCCGGCUCCAGCAUCGGCAACCUGUUCCUCACCGGCGCGCGGCUCUUCACGGGCAGCUUCGAGGCCGCGAUUUACCUGCUGAGCUCCAUCUGCGCGGUGCCCGACAGGGUGGCCGUCCUGCCGGCGCUCAACACCAACUUUGCGCAUCACAUUGCCGCGGGCCUGACCGACGGCACCGUCAUCACGGGCCAGAACGACAUUUCGCAUCCCAGCGCGCCAACGGCCGCGGUGCCGCUGCCGGGUCCCAGCACGGGCACGGGGAUCAUCACGCCGGCGCUCUCGACGAACCACGACCUGGACGAGCACGACACCAUUGAGGACGCAAAUCUCCCCGGCAGCCUGCCCGCGCUGCGCCGGCCCGCCAUCACCUUCUCCAAGGAGGACGAGGAAGACCUGCCGUCGCGCAUCGCCCGCAUCUGGUACAUCAACCCCUACGGCCAGGAGAUCCGCAUCCCGGCAAACCCGCGCGUGCUCGAGGCCAUCCGCAGCGCAAACACCGUCAUCUACAGCAUCGGCUCGCUCUUCACCUCGCUCAUCCCCAACCUGAUCCUCAAGGGCGUGGGCGAGGCCAUCGCCAGCCCGCACAUCCGAAACAAGAUCUUGGUCCUCAACGGCACCACGGAUCGUGAAACCGGCCCCUCUGGCGACCCCUUCUCCGGCUACGACUUUGUGGCCACCAUUGCAAACGCCUGCGCCGAUUCGAGAGGCCUGCCCCGGCCGAGCGCUGACGAGUAUGCGCAGUACGUGACGCACGUCAUUUACAUUGAGGGCCCCACGAGCCCGGCGGUGGACAAGCGGGUGUUUGCGCAGCUGGGGAUCGACACGAUGAGGCUGUAUGGGCCCAAGGACGGGAAGGGCAAGGGAGGGAGAUAUGAUGCCAAGGCGUUGGCGCAGACGCUGGAGAGCAUUGUUGGGCGAAAGGACAUGCGCUCUGACAGGAGCCGUCGAAACACGCUGGUGGGAUAG